ACUUUAUUUCCGGUUUUUGCACAGUACCAAGUUGAAGAAUUUGGAAAUAUUUUUUUUUAUCGGUGACUGGCCUUACGGAUUUUUUAUUUUAGCCAGUGUUUCUUUUUCUUGCAUGCUAACAAAAAAAUCGCGGGUCUUAAAAGAUGUCAAAAUCUCUAUCAUUUCGGUUGCAAGUAAGCUCCAUAAUGGAGAUAAUGACCAAAAAGGCAAUAGAAGAAAUAUGCAAAAUUGUUGACAGCGAUUUUGCCUUUUUGCGACAAGAACUGUCUCGGGUCAUGGGUGAAAAUACAGUUCUUAAAGACCAAAUGCUCUGUCUCGGGAGCGAAAGCCAUGAAGAAAGCACGCGCAUCACAAAGGAAGAAGCGCGCGCUGGCUCCAAAAUAUAUCGCUCUAUUUGCGUUCAAACCGAAGAUGGAGCGCAGCCCUCUAUCAAAGGGAUAUUUGGAAAGGAGUGGUGUUCCAGUUUGUGGGAUCGGAGGAACGAGUCCAGAGAAGACGAGCUGGCGAUCGAUGUCGACCUGUACAGUGUGUCGCCUCAUGAGCACAAAGAACAAGAGCACUCCAACCUGGUGAUAAUCAAAGAAGAGUGUUUUGAAGUGGACACCUAUCCCAGUUACACAGGGAAAACACUGCCAGCUUCAAGAGGACAGCCAACAUCUUCUGUAUAUGAGCCACUGGCAGACUCAAAAAGUUUUGAUAGCCAUUUUGUGUCCGGUGAAUUCUCAGAGCUAUCGGAAAUACAAAACACCUCCUCUGAUUCAUCAGACAAACACUCUAGGAAAAACUCUAUUGAUGAUGCUGUCGAUCAGUUAAUAGCACCAAUAGAGGAUCCAUUGGAAUUUGAUGGUCACUCUAUACUCAACCAAUUUUCAGCAGAGCACAAUAGUGAGUUUUCCUCUGAGGCUCAGGAGGAUGAAGAAGCAGAGGAAAUACAUGAGGAUGCCGCAACCACGACAGAACAUUGCCAAAAGAGAGUCAAGGUGCAGAAACCGCCAAACAACUUCAGCUGCUAUGACAGCGGGAAGGCGUUUCUUCGGCAAAACGCUGCCAAAAAGCGUCUCAGAAAACAUCGAUUUUCAAAGUUGAAACCAAGCGAAAAGUUCCGGUGUGAGGUCUGCGGGAGAUGUUUCCAUUCAAACACCAAUCUCUCGGUUCACUAUUUGGUCCACACAGGGGAACGGCCCAAUAAAUGCAGUUUUUGUGGAAAAGGCUUCUCCCAGAAAGGAAAUUUACAAGCUCAUGAACGCAUCCACAGAGGAGAAAGACCUUUUGGUUGUGCCACCUGCGGAAGGAGUUUCACCCAGAAAGUUAGCCUGCGUAAUCACGAACGCAUCCACAGAGGAGAACGCCCUUUUACAUGUAUGACCUGCGGAAAGGGUUUCACCCAGCAAGUCACCCUCAAACAACACCUCAUUGUCCAUGACAGAACGGCUAAACCAGUCAGGAGGAAACCAAGGAAAAAUCACCGUGAUAUAAAUCAUAGCUUUAUGUAGCACACGUUUUUGUUACUUCUCAGUUUGAGAUCGCAGUAGCUGUUUCAAGGGAAAUACGAACAGUGGAAAUGUGAGGUUGCAGCACCUUAAAAAGAAUGUCUCUGUGUGUAAUACUGUAGUAGAUCGUAGCAGAAAAAUAUAGUCAGGUAUGGCUGUGUAUUACUCAGUAAUGUAGCUGUUGUCCCACCGACUAAUUUGUUUCUUCUGUUAAACCAAAGGGACAGCCUUUAUGGUGGUCGCUGACAUCUGGGGCCCGUUCUUCGUAUUUCGCUAAAUACACAAUCAGCAAUGCAGCGAUUGGCUGGCGGCAAGACAGCGUCAGUUCUGCUUAAAAAUAUGCAGUCUAAUCCUGUUAACAUGAAAUAAGCCUACUCCCGAGCAGGUUUAAGUUUAGGGACCUGUAGCUAUGACAGCAACUACGGGAUGAGCUUCGAAGAACCAACCAAUCCAAGAUCACGCGAAAUCGUCAACAAUCAAAUCCUGCUAAAUGAGUUAGCGACGUACGAAGAACGGACCCCUGGGCUAAACUUUUAAAUGUUUUGAAAAAAAUCUCUUCUGCUCACCAAGGUUGCAUAAAUUUGAUGAAAAC